AUGGACAGUCAACCACGGCCUUAUCGUAGCCAUCGCAUUCCGGCCUGUGAUAAGUGCCGUCAAAGGAAGGUUCGCUGUGACCUUGAAGUUGCAGGACUGCCAUGUCAAUUAUGCACGGAGAAAGGGUUCGACUGUCUCUUUUCAGGAACGAACACCUCGCGCUCUUCUGCUGCAACUGCUGAUAGGCGAGACCUCGGACGGCAACGGAAGAGAGCAAGGUUAGAAAAUGGUCAGACUGUUUUUAGUCUCAGGGCGUCAGUGACCGACGCAUCUGCGGAUGACAGCGGCUCCGUGGCGCUCCGAUCCAGCACCCGACAAGAGAGCCGUCAAGUCGCACAGGAACGGUUACGAAGCACCUCAAUCGAUGAAAACUUAAUCUCAAAUGUUCAUCAACAUAAUCGCAGCACAUCGAUAAUUGUAGGUCCCAUGGUUGCUGAGGAUGUCAACAUCCUUCAGCAGUAUUUGACCACCGAACAAGAACCCGAUUCAGAGACGUCCAAGCGACCCUACAAUGUUGUCUCCAGUACUCCCAGAGAUCCUGCAAUAUAUCUGGCAAUUCCAAGACACAGAGCGGGGUUGAAAUUAGCCAAAGACCCUGGACAAGGUCAUCGAGAAAUCCUGGAACAGAUUCUGGGCCCAAACAAAGAGGAGGUCAUCCGGCUCUACUUCAAGCACAUCCAUCCAUCAUUUCCGGUGCUUAAUGAAGAGUCUUUCAUGAACAUUGAAGAUCAAGGGUGCAGGGUUUCUUCUGCACUACUCUGUCAAAUUUACGCCAUUUCAUUGACCUUCUGGAACCAGUCCGAGAGCCUUGCACAUCAUCACUGUCCCAGCGAGCAAUACUUUUGGAAUCUCGCCAUUGCGGCUCUCCAGGAUGACUUUCUUGCUCCGACUCUUUUCACACUAUACCCUUCAAUAAUCGACCUUUUAGGCAGACCGGUCGGCUCUAUUCAGGGAAACGUCAUCAAUGCGGGCAGAACUGCGGCUCUUGCAUAUAGCUUGGGCUUGAACAGGGAUCCAAGUGGAUGGAAAACAUCUUAUCGGGAUAAGGAUUUGCGAAUCCGAUUGUUCUGGGGAUGCAUGAUUGUUGACCAAUGGUCAAGCUUUGCGAACGGGAUCCCCGCUUCAAUUCUUCGAAAACAGUACGACGUGCCAUUGCCAACAGCGCCGAUCCUCCUGACGCCCGGGAAAGAAUCACAUGACAGGAAGCAAGCAGCCGAGUGUUUUAUUUCCCUUUGCGAGCUCUCCCAAAUCCUUGGAGAUAUCAUGCCACUGGUAUAUGACCUCAGUGAACCACGAAAUGAUGCUUGGAAAGAAAUAAGGCGUCUUGAACGAGACCUUGAUGUCUGGGAAGAGGACCUGCCAGAGUAUCUACGAGCCGAUGGUCAGGAGAUUGGCACUUCUGUUUCCGGUGCUAAAAGCCUGCGUUUGGGAUAUUUAUCAAUCAGGAUGCUCCUUUGCAGGCUUUCUCUACGGGUGGCAAGCUACGACGAUGGGCCUGGAAGCCACGACAUACGACAAUACCAUCUGACAGCUGUACGCCGCGCCGCUACCGAGAUUGUGGAUUUUGUCUGUUCACUCCAGAGUUCCCAUCUGAAAGAAUUCUGGCUUUCUUUUACGGGUCAUCUUAUUGUCUCAGCCACCACGAUACUGUUGCGCUGUGCAGUCGAUACAACGGAUGUGAACAUAACAGAAACGUGCAAAGAGACACUGAGAAAGCUUCAGAGAAGAUUGAGCUUGGCCAAAUCGGAAGACAACUGGGACCUUGCGGACAUGUUUCUGGAGCGCUAUGACGAGCCGAUUUCCAGGAUCACCUCAACAAUUGAUCGCGAUCCAGAUACAGCGAACCGUGACCGAAGCUCCGCACGGGCUUUGCAGAACUUAGAUCCGUUUCAAUCCCAGCUGGCCUAUCAGGACCAGUUUGGCCUCGGGUUGGGCACUUUUUCGGAGUUCAACAUUCCAAUGGACCCUCUGGAAUUUCAAUGGGCGUCUGCCUGGGAUAUGUUUGAAGGUCAUCAAGAAAACGCUUAA